ACCUUUGCCCACUUCUCCUUCUUUCCCCAAUCGCCCCCAAACAUAAACUCGGUGUCGCUCAGUGACUCAGUCUCACAUAUCAAAAUUGACAGCAAAAAUGGCUUCUUUCAAAUUGGGUCUGCAAUUAUUAAUUCCAUUGUUAUUGAUUAUUUGCUUAUGUGAAGCGGAGCAGAAACUCAGCACUAAAGAAUGCGAGAAAUUAGGGUUCACGGGACUCGCCCUUUGCUCUGAUUGCCACACCUUCGCCGAAUACAUCAAAGAUCAAGAUUUGGUAGCUGAGUGUUUGAAGUGUUGUGCGGAGGAUUCUGAUGAUGCUACGAGCAAGGUUAUAUAUUCAGGCGCCAUUCUAGAGGUUUGCAUGAGGAAACUGGUCUUCUAUCCUGAAUUAGUCGGCUUUAUCGAGGAAGAGAAGGAUAAAUUCCCUUCAGUCAGAGUUCAAUAUGCGUAUAAUUCUCCACCGAUGUUGAUCAUGUUGGACGACGAAGGACAACACAAGGAAACCAUUAGAGUUGAUAAUUGGAAACGAGAACACAUACUGCAAUUUCUAAAGGAGAAGGUUAAACCAUCGUCAGAAAUUUAAACGAAGAAGAAGAAAAGGUCAUCAUGAAUAUAUACAUGGCGUUUUACAUUCAAUGAACGUUAUGUUAUUUCGAUAUUUCAUUGUAUAACAUAAUAUAUCGAACAUCUCGAAUAUCCACUUGCUAAUCAACUCUCUAAAUUAAAGAUUGCAUUAGAGGUUUAAAUUCUACUCUCCAUUUCAAUUUGAA